AUGUUCGUCAAACGAUCUCACAGCAAUGCCGAAAGUUUCUCAAAGUAUCGGGCCGGCAAGUCUUCAAGUCGGUCGAAGAGAUCGUUCAAAGAUCCCUCUGUUAGCACCUCGAGAAGGUCAGAGCCUUCCCGCCAUGCAGACUCCUCCCCGGUUGCAGAUAACCUCAAUUCUGCCAUCGUCACCAUCUGUGUCGGUCCCGAUCAGCGUCUCUUUGCUGCCCAUGAAGAUAUCCUUUGUGUAUCACCCUACUUCUCUGCUUGUUGCCGUGGCCAGUUCUUCGAAUCCCAUACCAAACGCAUAACUCUACCAAAUGAACAACCAGAAAUACUCUCGUCUAUCCUCGAGUACCUUUACAAGGGAGACUAUUACCCCCGCUUGAUGCAUAACAAACGUCGAGAUACUUGGCUGUUGGAAGAUACUGAUACUACGGGCUCAAGACCUUCUGCUGAAUCUACCAUUGUCAACCAAGCCGACGGUAGUUUGAUAUUGAAAGAUACGGCCAUAUACUGUGCUGCGGAACGAUAUGGGCUAGACGAACUGAAGAGGUUGUCUCUGCGGAAGCAAGGUCUCCAGACAGCUAUACAAUGCAGCACUAUCCUCUCUAGUGCCCGUUACGCCUAUGCAAAUACCCCUGACAGCGACUCGAAGCUUAGAGCACAUUAUCUUGCUUUGAUCAUCCGCUCGCGGUCAACUUUCAAGCGUAGCGGCACCAUGCAACUAGAGAUGGAAGAGGGAGGGAAACUAUUCUUUGACCUCUUCGUCGCCAUGUGCAAUCAUAUGGACGACCUUUCAAAUGCCUCGAAGUCGCCCUUCUCUCGUUAG